AUGUUUCCAACCUUCAAAUCUGCUGCAGUCCUUGCUCUUGUGGCCGUGGCGUGCAUCGAGGCUUGUGGUGUUGAUCAAUCUCUAGCGGCGCGUUGUUUGACUGAUGCCCACCCCACAAAGUACCAAUUAUCCAAAGCUGUGGCUCGUAUUCGCACCAGUGUUACAUACUGCACAGCGUGGCUGUGGGGGUCGGAAGGCCACCUAAUCACCAACAACCACUGCGUCCCGAACGAGAGCGUGGCCAAGGAGACCCGAGUCGAGCUUGGCUCCGAGUGCUCGACUUGUGCCGACCCCGGCAAUGAUGACCAAGGUGGCUGUGUUGGAACACUUGUCGUCGACAGCACCACGCUUGUGUUUACGGACUACGACUUGGAUAUGACAUUGUUCAAGUUGAACGUGAGCCCUGACGUGAACUUGACCCAGUACGGCUACUUGCAAUCCCGCGCCACGAAUGUCACGUUGGACGACCAAAUCUACAUCCUGGGCCACCCCGGUGGCAAACCGAAACACAUUGCGUUCUUGGGCGACGACGGCACGCACGCUCGCAUCACCAACGCGUCCAUGCCCGCGGGAUGCGGUGAGAAAGACACGUUGGGGUACAACGUCGACUCCGAAAGCGGAAGUUCAGGCUCCCCCGUCUUGAGUCCAGACGACGACAAGGUCGUAGCGAUGCACAACUGCGGUGGCUGCGAACUCGUUGGUCAAAACACAGGCAUCAAGAUGCCCAAUAUUGUCGCACUCUUGAAGUCCAAGAACCUGUUGCCCAAGGAUGCAGUGGCCGAUGACCUCUGUUAA